AUGGCGCAUUAUGCGAUUCAACAGGAUGUCCGUGAUACUGCCUCCUCUUCAAGAACGUAUACAAGACGCGACGAUCUUGGUGAGUCUCACAACCGUCUUUUUCGAGAUUAUUUUGCCGAGGAACUGAAAUUUAAUAAGACUUUUUUUAGACAACAGUUUCGUAUGAGUAGACGGUUGUUUGUGAAGAUAGCUUCAGAUUUGGAAAACAAUUUUAGUUUUUUUCAAAGGAAGAUCGACGCUCGUGGUAAAUGGGGGUUUUCGGCUUUACAGAGAUGCACAUCUGCAGUUCGCCAAUUAGGAUACGGUAGUAAUCCCGACAGUUUAGAUGAUUACCUAAAUAUGUCGGAAAGAUCGUCACGUGACACCCUUGAUGCUUUUUGUGAUGGAGUCAUUAAGUUAUAUCGGCAUGAAUAUUUGCGCAGGCCAACGCGGAGUCUUGAUUGUACACACUGGGCUUGGGAUAAUUGUCCAGUAGCUUGGCGUGGCCAGUACACGCGAGGUGAUCAUCACGGGCCGACGAUAUCGCUUGAAGCAGUUGCAUCACAGGAUUAUGGCACAACACCGUUGGUUCCUUUCACUGUAAAUGGAACCAAAUAUCAGUACCCGUAUUUUCUCGUGGAUGGGAUCUACCCAAGAUAUGCGAUGUUUGUGAAAAUGAUUUCCCAUCCAACCGGUGAGAAAAGGAUUCGAUAUGCUAAGGCACAGGAGGCUGCAAGGAAGGAUGUGGAGCGAGCUUUUGACGAGGACCACGCUAUAAGUCCUGAUUACAUUCCAGAUCCCCCGGUUGCGCCACAACCAUCAGAUGAACGACUGUUUGAGAUACAGAACCCAAACGUUCACGAGGAUCUUAAGAUGGAUCUCAUUGACCAUAUUCAUCGCACAUUCAUCCCGGGCAUUGAUCGCUAG